AGUAGAGAGAGAGAGAGAAGUAGAGAGAGAGUGAGGUGGCGCGAGAGAGAGAAGUAGAGAGAGAGAGAGAGCGAGAGAGAGAGACUGUUUCUCUGGUCUAGUUCAGGCAGUUCUUUUCUCUUCUCAAGGCUACCUGGAUAUUACUGGAUGGUACUGUGCACUGCAACGCUAGCCUAGCUCUCUCAUCCUCCUCUCCUCUCGUCUUCCUCUCUGCCCUGUACGUGUGUUGGGAAGGUGCCUGUCUCAGGUGCAGACAUGGCCACCUCUGUGCUCUCCAGGAUUAUUCUAUGUCUGGCUAUAUCUCUGUUUCCGGUAUUGACAGUGACCAGCCAGGAUGUCAACCUAGGGCACGAAGACAGCUGUGCCGAAAACGGCAAAGUCUACAGCAACAACGAGAUUUGGAACCCGGAGCCAUGUAAGAUCUGUGUGUGUGACCUGGGGACUAUUACCUGUGAAGACAUCCGAUGUGAAGACCUAGCCUGUAAGGACACCAGCACCCCUGAGGGAGAAUGUUGCCCUGUGUGUUCUGAGGCCGCAGGAACCCAGGGCCAGCAGGCUACUACCUGGGAUAAUCUGCUACCAAAGAUCAAAACAGUAGAGGAGAAGAAGGAUGAGAGCUGCAGGGACAACGGGCAGGUGUACGCCCACAACGACAUGUGGACCCCAGAGCCGUGCAGGGUGUGUGUGUGUGACAGUGGAACCACCAUCUGUGAGGAGGUGCAGUGUGAGAUGGUGGGGAACUGUGAGAAGGUGACCAUCCCUGAGGGAGAGUGCUGCCCUGUGUGUGACAGCUUCUCCAGCGCUAACAGGAGGAUAGAAAUGAUGGCGUUCAAGGGUCAGAAAGGUGAACCUGGUGAUAUCCCUUACGUCGUGGGGCCAGUAGGUCAACCCGGACCAAUGGGUCCUCCCGGGGCUCAGGGGAACAGAGGAUACACUGGUUUCAAGGGCAGAAAAGGUUUACAGGGCCCAGCUGGCAUCGACGGGGAACCAGGAGUCCCAGGGAACCCUGGUGAGCCAGGAUCCCCCGGCCAGCCCUCACACCCUGGGGGUCAGCUGGUCUCUCAAAUGGCAGCAGGCUUCGGUGAGAAAUCAGCUGGGAUGAUGGGAAUGAUAUCUGGCAACAGGGGUGAGGCAGGACCAAGAGGGCCUCCUGGACAGUCCGGUCAACCAGGCCCUACAGGGGGGCAGGGGGCCCCAGGAGACGUUGGAGACCCCGGAUCCAUGGGUGGCUUUGGUCACAGAGGACCUGAGGGCCCACCAGGAAAACCAGGACUAGAUGUAAGUACUCUACACUCCAACAGACAUCGGCCGUGUCCCUAUUUCCUAUAUAGUGCAAUACUUUUGACCAGGACCCAUAGGGCCAGUGGUGAGGAACAACCCCAGCUGAGAAUGCUAUGUGAACGUGAUGUUUUCCCUUCACAGGGAGAAUCUGGCCCAACCGGAAUAGAUGGAGAUAAAGGAGCCGCUGGAUCUGCCGGUGCCAGAGGUUUCCCAGGACUGCCAGGUCACCCUGGACUGAAAGGCCUUAAGGGUCAUGCAGGUCUUCUAGGGGCGAGAGGUCAAUCUGGUGCUGCUGGGUCAAAGGGCCCAUCAGGUACUCCAGGUGGAAUGGGGCCCCCUGGUCCUGCGGGUCCAGCAGGAAUGCAAGGGGAGAGAGGAAGGAGUGGGCCAACUGGACCUGUGGGGAAACGUGGUGAAUCUGGACAUAUUGGGAAAGCAGGACCACAGGGUCCUAUGGGGAUCACUGGAGCUCUAGGAUUCCCAGGUAGUCCAGGUAUAAAGGGGCAACCAGGGCCCCCAGGAGCACGAGGGACAGGGGGCCAGCAAGGACCAAGAGGGGAGGCCGGACGCGUGGGAUUGGCUGGAGCUACGGGAAUUCAGGGUCCAACAGGAACAGAGGGUGCUGCUGGAACCAAAGGACCAUCCGGAGCUCCAGGUGUCCAGGGUCUGACUGGACUGCUUGGCCCCGCGGGGCCCCCCGGACCACAGGGAACCACUGGACUGCCCGGGCCUAAGGGCCAACUGGGUGAUUUAGGCAUUCCCGGAUUCAAAGGAGAGGCUGGAUUCAAAGGAGAAUCUGGUGCACCUGGUGAUCAUGGAGCGCUGGGUCCCAUGGGAGAGGAGGGGAGGAGGGGAGGACGGGGUGACGCUGGGACUUCAGGAGCCGCUGGACCCAAUGGAGAGAGAGGUGCUCCUGGCAGUAGAGGUUUUCCUGGUCAGGAUGGGUUACCUGGUCAAAAGGGUGCCCAAGGUGAGCGAGGACUGGGUGGAUCAUCUGGUGCCAAAGGUGCCGAUGGUGACCCUGGACGCACUGGAGAGCCAGGUCUUCCAGGGGCACGGGGUCUGUCAGGUCUUCUCGGCUCCCAGGGUCCUGAGGGACACCAAGGACCAAUGGGAGGAGGAGGAGAGGAUGGGGGACCAGGUCCAGCAGGGUCAGAUGGUACCAGAGGUCUAGCUGGAACCAUGGGUGUAGUUGGACCAAAAGGCUUUACUGGAGACCCUGGUAAGGCAGGAGAAGUGGGGACCCCAGGUGUUGCAGGACAGAGGGGGGUUAAUGGGAAAGCUGGAGAGAUGGGCGCUGGUGGCACUGCUGGUCCAGCAGGAGUUGCAGGGAAGAGAGGAGAGCAAGGACCUCCUGGUAUGAAUGGCUUCCAGGGUCUACCUGGGUCUGCUGGUCCACCUGGAGAGUCUGGGAAACCAGGUGCUGAGGGUAUCGCUGGAGAGGGAGGGGCUGCUGGUCUCACAGGGCCACGGGGUGAGCGGGGCAUCCCAGGAGAGAGAGGUGAUGUGGGAACUAACGGACUACCGGGGCCCAAAGGUAUUUCAGGAGGGCCAGGACCAGAGGGACCAAAGGGGGGGUCUGGAACUAAAGGAACCGUUGGGGACAUAGGAGCUGCAGGCCUGCAGGGGAUGCCAGGGGAGAGGGGUAUCCCUGGUUCUCCUGGUCCUAAAGGAGAUGUGGGUUCAGUUGGUGAGAAAGGAACCGAGGGUACUGCUGGAAACGACGGGCCCGGGGGACUUCCUGGUCCAGUUGGACCAACAGGAGGCAUUGGGCUCAGUGGUGAUAAGGGAGAGGCCGGCCCUAAAGGGCCCCCUGGACGUCGAGGAGCGAGAGCAGUGGCCGGAGCUUCUGGGGAGCCUGGUCCAACCGGUGCAGUAGGAUUCCCUGGGUCUCCUGGUCCCGAUGGGCAACCCGGGGUCAAAGGUGAACCAGGAGAGAGGGGUCAGAAGGGUGAGGCUGGAGCACAGGGACUCCAGGGAACAGCUGGUAAACUUGGUUCCCAGGGUCCUGAUGGUGUGACUGGACUAAAGGGGGCCAGAGGAACACAAGGGGCCGCGGGUGGGUCUGGUUUCCCAGGAUUCCCCGGGGGAGUUGGUCCAGCAGGCUCCGUUGGUGAGGUAGGGGUGCCUGGAGACAUUGGUACCCCAGGGAAGGCAGGUACUCCGGGACUUAGAGGCGAGAAUGGAGGCCCUGGGCGUGUAGGAGAGAGAGGGGCCCCGGGCCCAGCAGGUGCCCCAGGAGACAAGGGAGAGCCUGGAGAGGAUGGACCAGGGGGCCCUGAUGGGCCGGCGGGACCACCAGGUAUCUCAGGACAGCGAGGUGUUGUGGGCAUACCUGGAGUCAGAGGAGAGAGCGGGAUGGUUGGGCCCCCCGGUACUGCUGGUGCACCCGGAAAAUCAGGUGCCCCCGGAACUCGGGGAGGCAAGGGUGCUGUCGGUGCAGUCGGGUUACCAGGGACAACCGGACCAAGAGGGGACCUUGGUCUUACGGGGAAUGCUGGGUCUGAUGGGGUACCUGGCAAGGAUGGACUUAUAGGAGCCAGGGGAGAUAGAGGGAAUCCUGGUGCUGAGGGUCUUGCUGGAACUCCGGGGCUUCAUGGCUCUGUUGGUCCAGUCGGCACCUCUGGAGUCCCUGGGAAGAGAGGAGACAAUGGUGCUAGAGGGCCUCCAGGACCCCAGGGACAAUCAGGGAUCCGGGGGAAGCUGGGGCCUCAAGGGCCACAGGGAGACAGGGGAGCCAAAGGAGACCAAGGAGAGAGAGGGCAGAAAGGCCACAGAGGCUUCACUGGAUUGCAAGGCUUACCUGGGACAACUGGACAAUCUGGGGAUGUUGGAGCUCGAGGAAUUGUAGGACCUACUGGACACAGAGGGCCCCCUGGUGUGGUUGGCCCCGCAGGAGGUGAUGGACAAAUCGGGCUGACCGGGCCCAUGGGAUCUCCUGGAUCAAGAGGAACCAGUGGAGACAUCGGACCUCAGGGGCCUCCUGGGGAUGCUGGUCCCCCUGGUCCCCCAGGGACCCCUGGCCCUCCCACUGCUGGGGCUGAUAUGUUUGGCUUCAGCAGCUCCUUCGACUACGACUACGGCGAGGACCAGGAUGGACCACCUCCACCCCCAGAGUUUAACGGGGAUGAAUCAGCCCCCCCUCAACCCCCUCCAGAGUCCAACUGGAUCGACUCUGGCCCCCAUCCCCCUCCAGAGUUCAACGACGAUGAGGCGCGUCCCAAUAAUGCCUCGACCGUCCUCGGGGCAGACCAGAGUGUCCAGACCACGCUGAAGAGCCUCAGUGGAAACCUGCAGAACAUGAAGUGUCCCGAUGGCAGCCAGGCCAACCCCGCCAAAACCUGCCAGGACAUCAAGCAGUGCCACCCCCUUAAAAAGACCGGAGACUACUGGCUGGACCCCAACCAGGGCAGUACCAAGGAUGUUAUCAAGGUGUUCUGCAACAUGGAGACUGGUGAGACCUGCAUCUCAGCCCACCCCAUCUCAGCCAGCAUCCCUCGCAAAACAUGGUGGACCAAAUCCACUCCCACUGCCAGCAAACCUGUCUGGUUUGGAGCAAAUAUGAAUGGAGGAACUAAAUUUAGCUACGGCAACAAGGAGGAGCUGCCCAACGCCGUAACCAUUCAGAUUAGGCUGAUCCGCCUGCUUUCUAAGGAGGGUGUCCAGAAUGUCACCUACCACUGCAAGAACAGCGUGGCCGUGAAUGACGAAGCCACAGGCAACCUGAAGAAGGCUCUGAUCCUCAAGGGCUCCAACGGACAGGAGGUCAAGGUUCAGGGCAACUCCCGCCUCAGAUACACUGUCCUGGAGGAUGGCUGCUCCAAAUCGAAUGGAGACUGGGGCAAGACUGUGAUUGAGUACAGAACUCAGACGCCAGCCAGACUACCUAUCGUAGACUUGGCCCCCAUGGACAUAGGCAAGGAGGAUCAGGAGUUUGGCCUGGACAUCGGCCCUGUGUGUUUCUCCUAAACCCAACACACAUGGACGGAUGGAUGGAUUUAUUUAACCUUAUGAGGAGUGAUUUUUUUUUUAGAACGCUAUCCUCAAUCCUGUUCAAAGAGGCAAUCUGGAUUUCAAACAACAAAAAAACUCACUUUUAAGUUACAUUCUUAAAGAAUCAAUGGCUAUAUAUCACUCAUUUAAAAGAUUGCCUCUUGAAGAAUUAGGUUUCAGUUCGAUAACUAAUAAUGAACAACAACCCCUUGUGAUGUCAUCAAUUAGAAUCGUUAGGAAUGUUGUUGUCCAUUCUCCUCCAAAGGGUUAAACAUUCCCAAGACUCUUGGACUACCUGCUGAAGCAAUCAGCUUUGUACAUAAAGGCAGGGCGGAGAAACUACAGUACAGUAUAUGUACUGCCUGCUACUAAAAUAUUUAUUGCUUCUUUCCAAGAAACAACUAAAGUUGUUAGUGCAAUGGUACUGGUAGUAAUUACUAUUGAGGAAUGCAGGUGAAUUGUAUUAAGAAGUUUGUGUCAUAAUGGAGUUUCAGGGCCUGAAGGUUUCAGCUUGUUGAAAACAUGACAAUUUAUGGAGCUUAAGUGUCAGUGUUGUACGACGUUCCAUCAUACAUUUCUUUACCAGUUUCUCAGUGAAUGCCACUAAAUAUAUAUACUGUCACUUGAUGUAGAGACAAAACAACAACAAUUGUAUUCCUUUUUCUAAUGUAAAUGCAACAUAAGAAUGUCAAUUGCUCUUCACACGUUUAUUAUUCCUGUUUAUUAUUGAUAUUAUGAUAUUUUCUUCUGUCCACUGAUGGUGUUACACCCAAUAAAAUGAAUCUCGUGCCCUUUUCAGUCAA